CGGGGGGUCGAGGGUCCGGCUCUUUCCCUCCUCGUUUGUUUACAUCAACUUCAAAACAUGACGAAAGUCCCUUGCUGAAAACAUUUAAAAUUACUCAUUUCUCAUACGAUCAUGGUCAAUAUAGAGGACUUUGAGCUUGUCAGUGGAAAGGCGCUGUGGGGUGUCAUAUGUGGCACAUAUGUUCUUCCUUCAGAUGAGGUGGUUGGCGCAGAGCUCCAGCUGGCAGUGGAGCACCUCCGGCAUGGCCUCUCAGCUUAUGCUGACCCCAGUGGGGAUCACUAUGAGAAAUGGGAGAAGACAGCACAGGUGUCAAAGGCAGAGAAGGCAUUUGUCAAGAAGCUGUCAGUACUUUUGAAACUCUCAGCGACACACAGCUGGCAGAUGUUCCAGCUGUUCCUCCUGAAUGAGUACCGAGGGGCUGAGGCCUCACUCUCGGAAGUGUUGGCCAGCCAGCGUGAUGAGGAGACCUUCUUGGGCCAACUUUGGAGCUUCUACUUGGCCGACCGACUCCACCUCAUCCGCUGCCUAAGACACGUAGUGGCCAACACAGCUAACCCACAGCACCCAUACCAGAGUCUGUUCCACAACUUCAUGCAAGAUGUCCUGGACAAAGACGGCACCCUUGGGGAGAGCCUCGUCAACCAGGUAAUGCUGUGCACUAAGAUGGCCCCACCCACGCCCCAGUCCCAUGGUCCACACCUCCCUCCACAUGGCCCCACAACCUGGUUGGCCCACCACCUGGCCGAGCUGCGUGAGGUGCUGGCCACGCUGCUCGUCUACUAUGGGAGUACAUCACAGUCACCAACUCCUGAAACAUUUCUCAAACUGGUUCAGUUGGCACAGGGAGGUGGCCUUGGAGGACGGCCAGAGAUUCAGGAGGGCAUAAGGGAAAGUCAUGCCCCACUGGUUGAAGCUCUCGAUGGUGCCCACGUCCUGCUCCUGACCCUCAUCAUCAAUGCUGACUCACCCACCAGCGACAAUAAACUCUGUGAUAGUGCCUGGGUCAAGAAACUAGACCCCACCAUGGCUGGCUUGGGAGCCCGUACACCCCACCUGGCCCCCUUGCUGGCUUGGGCUGUCCUACAGCUCAGGGCAUCAGAUGGGGGUCUAAAAGGCAACCCAAGGAUGUACAACAAGCUAGCACAAAGAGCCGUUCAUGGCAAUGUGUUUGCCUACCUCCAGACAGCACUCAAUAAUACGUCAAUACAGGGAGAUGAACUGCUAGUGCGGCUUGCAUCUUCGGUUGUGUACUCCCUCAUGUGUGCUGCGGCAGGAUGCCUUGACCUAGAGCGAAUGGGGUGUCUUUCUGUCCUUAAUACCCUGGCCAAGAGGUGCCUUGCUCAAGACCCUCCAGCACAACUCUUUUGGGCUGAGGAAGCUGGACUGUUACUGCCACAGGCAAUAGAGGUUUUCCCGUAUGAUGUUCAGCCCUUGCUGUCCCUCAUGAGUGCUCUGGCUGUUGCUAAUACAGAGAGCUGCCAGAAGGUAAUAGAACUUCUGACAGAGCUGCCAAACCUAUCCUGGGUGCUGACACAAAGUGACCACAGGAGCAUUCAGAUCAGGGGCAAUGACUGUGUAACCACAGCUCCUCUGCAGGUCCUUCCAUCAUUGACCAUUGCAGCAGACACACGUGGCACCUUGAUCUCCACAAACCCACCUGUUGUAACCUGGCACAUGCCCACAAAUGCAUGGCAAGCUCUUUUAGGGGUCAUGAAGCUUCUUGAUGAAGAGGUAAGUGGAGGGGCAAGCAUUCCUGACCAGAAGCUCAUGGAGACAGUAUCAGCCACGCUCCGCCUUCUGGCUUCCCUCUUGACUACACUCCCUGAUCAUCUGCCUGCAUUCGUCCACUUCAUCCAGCAGACAAUAGUGCUGUUACGCAGAAUAUCUCAAGUCAGUCGGCCACCGGGACAGCUGGUAGCAACACUCAUGGAGUUUCUGACAGAGGUUUCAACACAGGACCCAAAGUUGGUGUGGAAUGAACUUGAGAGCUGCCCUCUCCUACCCUUCCUUGCUGCCCCACAUAAAUCUGGAGCAAAGAAAGGGAAAGUAGAUCCCUUCCUUGGGUAUCGUGCUGGUGCCCUCAGAGCCCUAGUCUGCGGUGAAGAGGCAGCAACUGGGAAAUAUCCCAUCCUGAGCUCUUACACGCGCUUAUUGAUUUGUGGUGUGAAGGAUGGCUUCAGCAGUGGGAGUGUAAAUGGGGGUGUGGUGUUCGUAGCAAGGGAAGUGACAGGAGCCUUGCUAAGAUGGUGCUACAGUUCCCAAGAAGAGAGAGACACUGUCCUCAAUCUCUGUCUGGCCCUUCUUCACCACACUCUAGAAGCCUCAGACAUUGAUACCAGUGUUCGUGACUUGGUGGUCAAACAAUUGGUGGAUAGUAGCAGUGCUGGACAAACUCUGCUGUCGGUGGUAGUUGGCGGAGCUAACCUGGAGACAGCUAUCAACCACCCAAUGCACUCGCCUAUCUCCACCCAUGCACACAGACUCACACGAACAGCCCAGAUGGCUCUCUCCAUCUUGCACAGGCUUGUAGGCGAAGACACCAGCAUGGAUGGCCUAAAUCAGCUUCUCCGUGCAGCUCCAACCCCCAAUACGCCUCUGAGUGGAGGGCGCUUGCAUAGUAGCACCUCCCCUCAUUUGGCUUUGACUGUUGCUUUGUAUGCACAUCAAAGGCUUAAUCCACGUCUCUCUUACCUUGCUCUGCGAACUCUCACCAGAUUUGCUCAGAAACUCAAUGUGCCAUUAGUUGCCUGUCUGGGUGGAGAAGCUGAAGGGAUUCGAGAUGCUCUUCUGCGCCGAUUAGACUCUGCAACUGAAGAUGUGCGUGUGAAAGUUGCUCUCCUACGUCUCCUAACGGCAUCUACCACACGGCAGCAAGGGCUAACCAAUGCCUUCCUUACACCUCCUGAGAAACUCUUAGAUCCUCUUACAUCACUCUUUAAUCCUUCUACCUCUACGUCAUCGGGAAGAGAGUUGGGCUUAGCAGUCGUUGAACUUGUAGAUGCCCUCUGGAGUGAGAAAUAUAACACUGCAACAACCUACCUGCAAGAUAAAUCAGACUUCUGGCAGGCGCUGAUUCAGCCCCUCACAAAAGAGAAGACAAAUGAAGUGAACAAUGCUAUUGUUGGCCACACAAUGCGGGUGCUUGCUCGGCAGGUCUUCUCGUCUGACGCCAAACCCAGUGCUUGUCUCAAGUCAGCCAUGGAUAAACUCUGUGAUCCAGUCAAGGGAACCAUUUGCCAGUGGUCAGAUCACAUAGUAAGCAGCCUAGAGGACUCCAGUCAGCUCAGCGAUGACGUUACUGAGUUGUUAUUACCUGCUUGGCGAGACCUGGUGGUAGUGAUGGUAGCUAGGGCCAAGUCCUGGCUGGCUGACAAGCAGAAAGUAAGCAUAGCAAGUGACAUUCUAUACGCCCUCCUGAAUCAGCUGGAGAAAGAGUCCAUGGAUGAAAAGCUGGCUCUUCUCCUGGCCGAGUUGUACCUGGCUCUAGUCAAACAUUGUGGGAAAAACCUCAUUGAAAAGGAGGACUGCUUCAAGGGUGUGGGCAAACUGUUGAUCAAGGUGCAGGAGGCAGUAAUGACGACACCCACACACUCCCAGAUGCUCAUCCUCGGUGCGACCCUCAGGAUGGUCAAGCUCACGGAACCAUCUGCACAGUCCCAAGGCCAAGCGCUUGCUCUCCUGGGCCCUGUGACGUGGAUCGUGCAGCAACACGGGAGGCUGGCAGGGCACAACGGCGGCUACCCUGAGCCUGGCUGCAGCACUCCUCCACCAGUGCCUGCUGCGUUGUGCCCCUGAUGCUGCCCGCCCCUUCCUGGCCCACACGCCUGUUGUUCCCGCACUGCUGCAUGCUGUUGAGACAUAUAUGCAGUGUGGUGAAGAAGAAGUAGUAGGGGAGCUGCUCCUGCUGCUGUCAACACUGUCCAGGGUCGCUGAGCUGUCCGAUGACCUCUCCACACAGACACUCUCAUCUACUCUUACUCUCACAAUUCCCCCAUCCAAGACGGCCCUGUUGAGCGAAGGGCGGCGUAAAUGUAGCAGCAGUCCACCUGGGGGCUCUGUGUGGGGCCCUUGGUGCACCCCACCGACAGCCUGCCCUCGCCCUCGCUAGUGCUACCCUUGUGUCAUCACUAGCCCCCUAUGCCUCAAUGUGGAUUGUCACCCAUCCAGCCUCCUACUCCCAGCUCACUGCCGCCACUACAAGGUGCAUUCACAUCACAACACAACUGCUCCACACACCUAGGGUUGUUGAGAUGGAGCUGAGUGGGGACAGAAGCAGCAGCAGCAGUGGAGGGAGCUCGGAGGCACCUGCCAUUGCACCGCAGAUAACAGCCGCCACAACAGAUGUCCUUAAUCGCAUGCUGCAGGUUGUGUGUGCGUGCUUGAGUGCUCUUAUUGCUCUGGGACCUGACCUGACUGACUUGCUCUGUGGACCUGGCAUUGACGUAGGUGCAUGGGCGUUAUUCUUCCACCCUUCAUUCCGCCCUGUAUCUGCCCAUGACCCGAAUGCCCAGCCCAGCUUGGCAUCUCUCACCUCCGUGCUGGAUCUCUAUGACAGCCAUGCGUCAAAGGAGAGCCGAGGGCUGUCGCCAUGCCGUGGGGGAGCACCAGAGGUUGGGCUGUGUGUACAAGUAUUAGCAGUGACUGCGGAAAAGGCGCUACUGCUGCUGCUCACCCAGUCCACUCUGGCCCUCAUGCGACCUGAAACAUCUCCGAGGGACAGCCUGCGUGUGCGCCAUGGCCUUGCUGAUGAGAUGAAUUCCUUCUUCACCCGGUGGCUAGGAAGGCGUCCAGCAGCAUCACCUCUUCCAAGCAGCAGUUCGACAGCCUCGGGAACCAGCUGCACCGCCCAGAUCGACCUCACGUACCUGCGGCUUGCCCAGCAGCUGGUAGCAAGGCUUGCUUCCAAUAAGUGAUUUAUAAGAGUGCAUAUUUAUACAUGAUACAUGUAUGUUUAGAUGAAAUUUUGACUUAAUGAAUGUUUGUCAGUGCACUGUGACAAUAUAUUUGUAUAUGUAUUUUUGUAUAUUAUUUUUCAAUACUUUUUUAAUGAAAGUUUCCACGCCGGUUUCACAAGAAGUAAUCCCAGUCUUUCAGCCCAAUAGAUAUUUUCUAAUUUAUUUGUGAUGUUAUGCUUUCUAUCGCCUAGUGUGUUUUUGUACAUUUUAAUGAGACUAUUGAAUAAAGUUAAAAUAAUUU